GCUACACAUUUUGUGCCAUAAACCCAGCUUCUUACUGCACCAUUUUGCUGUCUAGUUGCGGCAAAUAUCACAGCUUUGAUGCCAUUUUUCCCUUUUUACUUCCUUGGCGGGCCUUAUUUUUUCAACGGACAACUAACUGCCAUGGCAUAUGAAGAGGAGAGAAGAGCAGACAGAGGAUACAAAAGCACGGGCGUUGGGGGAAGGAAAGGAGGUGAAAGUAGAGGGAUGAUGAAAAAGGCAUGAAAAGGGUUGAUUUUUCUUCUUUCUCUGGUUGUUUCUUUGAGUUCGAGGGAUUAUGCUCUAUUCCAAUGGAGAGAAGGAACGAUUUGAGAUGAUAUCAGAUGAGUGCGCAAGGGAAUCCAUCGGGUUAGUAGAGGAGUG